UGUUUUAGUUAAGACCCUUGUCUCUCAAUCUCUUCUAUGGCUGAUUCCUCUUUCGAAUUCGACUUCUCUUCUUCAUUAAGCCACCAUCAACGCUAUAAUACGCCAGCUUCACGCUAUGCCUCAAGUACUGUCAUGCCACGCCGCUUUGCUCGGGGGUCCCGUGCCACUCCACAGAGGUUCCAUCACAACACUCCUGCAACGCCUUUUGCCACGGACGAUGAUAUGUCAUGGCAAAGUGAAGUUUCAUGGCAGUUUGAGCCUUCUGGUUGGCAAGACAACCGCAAUUUGGGUGCAGCCCUUAGUCCUUGGGCAGCAUCCAGUGCAUCAUCAUCAAAUGGUCAGGCAUUUCGUCGACGCUCAGCUAGUGAAUAUUAUCUUUCUCACACUUCCAGAAGCUUUGUGAAUCCGAGCUACGAGCUUUCAGGUUAUUAUGCUGUGCCUUCAGGGCGGCUUGAGCUUCAAAGCUACGUUGCUAGAGAUAAUGACAGUUCAUCACAUCUCCAUUUCGGAGACCGUAGUAGAUCUCAUCACGAUAUUUCAAGACUGGCUACUAUUAAAGAAAGCAGCAGUAGAAAUGCUGGAAGCCCUUUAGUUGACGAAGAUGAGCUUAGCUCUGUAGAUUAUUACACUCCACGAGCUGUUGAGAGGCAUAUACACCUGCUAGGGACUGAUCCGAACCAUCAUACAAGAGCUGAUUCACGUAGGUCUUCAGUUUCACAGGCCAACACGGGUGAUGACCGGGACGACAAUUCUAUUGGAGGGCAUCACCGUUUUCAUAGACUAUCGCACCAGGGUGAUCAUGAGCACGGUAGGAGCCAUCACACAAGGCACAAGGUGGAUAAUGAUCUUGAUGUAGUAAUGCAGCAGGAGCUUGGUGGGAAAUCAACUAGUCAUCAUUUUCUUGGUAAUCAUCAGUACGAUGACAUGAGCCUGUCGAUGGAUUUCAGUGAAGAUUUUAUUACAGGGCAUGGUCAUGGUCAUGGGUUAUCACAUCACAGUGUUCAUAGUGAUCUUGAAGGUCAUCAUCAGAUGAGACACAAAUUGGAAGGUCUUGACCAUAACUUGCAAUCAGCUAGCCAUCAAUUCGGUGGCGAUCAUAAGUACGAUGAUUUUGAUCCGCCCCCAAAUUUCAAAGAAGAUGACUAUGAGGAGGAAGAGGAUGUAGAACCACCAAAGCCAGCCAGUUUGUUUAGUUUGUUCAAGUAUUCAACAAAAUGGGAUAUGGUACUAGUGUUUUUAGGUUGUUUGGGAGCCUUAAUCAAUGGAGGUUCACUUCCUUGGUAUUCUUUUCUUUUUGGUAAGUUUGUCAAUAAGAUUGCACAAGAAUCAUUGAAAGGUGAACUGACCCAGAUGAUGAAGGAUGUUGACAUGAUAUGUAAAUUUAUGUCUUGCUUGGCAGCUGUAGUAGUGGUUGGAGCAUACUUAGAAAUUACAUGCUGGAGGCUGGUUGGGGAACGUUCAGCUCAGCGAAUUAGAACAAAGUAUUUGAGAGCAGUUCUGAGACAGGACAUCAGCUUUUUCGAUACGGAAGUCAGCACCGGUGACAUUAUGCAUGGUAUUUCAAGUGAUGUUGCGCAAAUACAGGAAGUUAUGGGAGAGAAGAUGGCACAUUUUAUUCACCAUGUAUUCACCUUCAUAUGUGGUUAUAUAGUUGGGUUUUUGGCAUCAUGGAAAGUGUCACUUGUAGUUUUUGCUGUUACCCCACUAAUGAUGUUUUGCGGUAUUGCUUACAAGGCUAUUUAUGGUGGUCUCACGGCAAAGGAAGAGGUUUCUUACAGGAAAGCUGGUACCAUUGCAGAGCAAGCAAUUAGUUCAAUUCGAACUGUAUUUUCUUUUGUUGGUGAGGAUAAUUUGGCAGCAAGAUAUGGUGAAUUAUUGGCAAAUUCAGUGCCUCUUGGGGCAAAGAUCGGGUUUGCCAAGGGUGCGGGAAUAGGGGUUAUCUAUUUAGUUACAUACUCAACAUGGGCAUUGGCUUUUUGGUAUGGUUCAAUCUUGGUUGCCAGGAAGGAGAUCUCUGGUGGUGAUGCCAUUGCUUGCUUCUUUGGUGUCAAUGUAGGGGGAAGGGGCUUGGCAUUAGCACUAACAUAUUUUGCUCAAUUCGCUCAAGGCACGGUAGCAGCGGGUCGAGUAUUUGAUAUCAUAGACAGGGUUCCAGAGAUAGACCCUUAUAAUCCCGAGGGAAGGAUGUUAUCGAGUGUUCGGGGAAAGAUUGAGUUUAAAGGUGUAACAUUCGCUUAUCCAUCUCGUCCUGACACUACAAUUCUCAGUUCUCUCAAUUUAGUCAUUCGAUCAGCAAAGACUCUUGCAUUGGUUGGAGCAAGUGGAGGUGGCAAAUCCACCAUCUUUGCUCUCAUUGACAGGUUCUAUGAUCCUGACAAAGGAACUGUAACCUUGGAUGGCUAUGAUUUAAAGACACUGCAAGUAAAGUGGCUAAGAAGGCAGAUUGGUAUGGUUGGGCAAGAACCAGUUCUCUUUGCCACCACCAUAUUGGAAAAUGUGAUGAUGGGUAAAGAAAAUGCCACCAAGAAAGAAGCUGUUGCAGCUUGUGUUGCUGCCAAUGCUCAUGGUUUCAUUUAUGACCUUCCACUAGGAUAUGAUACUCAGGUUGGAGCUAAGGGAACUCAGUUAUCAGGUGGCCAAAAGCAGAGAAUUGCUCUGGCUCGAGCAUUGAUUAAAGACCCUAGAAUCCUUCUCUUAGAUGAGCCCACCAGUGCCCUGGAUUCCGAAGCCGAGGCAGUUGUCCAACAAGCAAUUGACAAGAUUUCUAAAGGAAGAACAACAGUGGUCAUCGCUCACAGGCUAGCAACAGUAAGAAAUGCCAACACCAUUGUUGUUCUUGAUAAUGGAUCAGUUGCUGAGUCUGGUAGCCAUCACCAGCUAAUGGAAAGAGAAGGGGCCUAUUAUAAACUUGUCAAACUUGCUUCUGAAGCAGUUUCAAACACUGAACUGAAUGAGACAAAUACUCAAAAGGGAAUGGAAUUUUCCACAUAUGAUAAAUCAGCCUAUGAAGCAUCAAGAUCACUAUAUGCAUACGAUAUUUCGAAAUCAAAGUACUUAAAGUCCAUCCAAGUAGUUAACCAAGUGGAGGAGGAAAUGCAACAAAAGCAAAAGCCUAGAGAAUACCAAAUUUCGAAGAUAUGGACUCUACAAAGACCAGAGCUCAUCACGCUUUUACUAGGUUUUUUUUUUGGUAUCCAUGCAGGUGCUAUUCUCUCCAUAUUCCCCUUGUUUUUAGGCAUUGCUCUUCAAGCUUACUUUGAUGACACUCCAAAAGCAUUGAAGGAAGAAGUUAACAAGCUCGCCUUAGCUCUUGUUGGCCUAGGCUUUGGUUCUAUAAUUUUCUUAACUGGACAACAGGGUUUUUGUGGUUGGGCUGGAACAAAGCUGACAGUAAGGGUGAGAGACCUCUUAUUCCGCUCGAUACUAAAACAAGAACCUGGUUGGUUCGAUUUUGAGGACAAUGCCACGGGUAUCCUUGUUUCAAGACUCUCAAUUGAUUGUCUCAGCUUUCGAUCGGUCCUCGGGGAUCGGUACUCGGUCUUGUUGAUGGGUGUGAGUGCAGCUGCAGUGGGGCUUGGCAUCUCGUUUUACCUCGAAUGGAGGUUAGCCCUCGUGGCUGCUGCUGUUACUCCUUUCACUCUCGGUGCAAGCUACUUGAACUUGAUUAUAAACAUUGGACCAAGGUUAGAUAAUAAAGCAUAUGACAAAGCUAGCACCAUUGCUUCUGGUGCAAUUUCGAACAUAAGGACAGUGGCUACAUUUUCUUCUCAAGAAGAGAUAGUUAAAUCCUUUGAUCAAGCUUUAUCUGAUCCUAGGAAACUAUCAGUGAAAAGGUCACAAAUUCUAGGCCUCGCACUUGGUCUUUCUCAAGGUGCCAUGUAUUGUGCAUACACUUUAACACUCUGGGUUGGUGCCUCCCUUAUGAAACAGCGCAUUACAGGUUUUGGUGAAGUAUAUAAAAUCUUUCUCAUUCUUGUGUUAAGCUCAUUUUCAGUUGGACAACUAGCAGGCCUCUCACCAGACACCACCAUGGCUGCGACAGCGAUCCCUGCUGUGUUUGAUAUCAUCAACCGAAAGCCGCUGAUUGGUAAUUUCCGAGAUAAAGGUAAAAAGAUCGAACGUUCGAAGCCAUUGGAUAUCGAAUUGAAAAUGGUUACAUUUGCAUAUCCAUCUAGGCCACAAGUGAUUGUGUUAAGGGACUUUUGUUUAAAGGUGAAGGGUGGUAGCAUGGUGGCAUUGGUAGGUGGAAGUGGGUCAGGGAAAUCAACGGUCAUAUGGUUGGUACAAAGGUUUUAUGAUCCAUAUCAAGGGAAAGUAAUGAUGGGAGGCAUAGAUUUGAAGGAGCUCAACUUGAAAUGGUUAAGAAAACAAGUAGCCUUGGUGGGUCAAGAGCCUGCUCUGUUUGCUGGAAGUAUAAGGGAAAACAUUGCUUUCGGGAACCCAAAUGCCACAUGGGGUGAGAUUGAAGAGGCUGCGAAGGAAGCUUACAUCCACAAGUUCAUCAGUGGUCUCCCCCAAGGCUAUGAAACUCAGGUUGGGGAGAGUGGGGUUCAGCUAUCAGGCGGUCAAAAACAAAGGAUCGCAAUAGCAAGAGCCAUACUUAAGAAAUCAAAGGUGCUGCUUUUAGAUGAAGCAAGCAGUGCUCUGGAUUUGGAAUCAGAGAAGCAUAUCCAGGAUGCACUAAGAAGGGUUUCCCAAAGUGCCACUACAAUUAUCGUAGCACAUAGGCUUUCCACUAUUAGGGAAGCCAAUACCAUAGCUGUUGUGAAAGAUGGUGCAGUUGUGGAGUAUGGCAGCCAUGAUAAGCUUUUAACUUCCCAUGUUGAUGGUGUUUAUGCUAGCUUGGUUCGGGCUGAAAGAGAAGCCAAUGCCUUUUCUUGACUUGGUUUUGACAUUUUAGCCCAUUAACAGUCCACCCGAGACCUUUUUGGUUCUUUACAAAUUCUUGGUUUCUGUUAUAAACC